GGUUAUUUUUGGGAGACAGCGGCCCAAACCACUCCAGUUAGUCACAGCCCUUCUGUGGGACAAGCGCUCGGGCAGCCACAUUUUGGUAAAAUACUGAGGGAAAGCAACGCUUGCAAAUACGGAUCUCACGCUUCAGGGCGCACUAUCUCAAUAUCGCCGCUGUGAGCGGGACGGCUCAGCCGAAAAAACGGCAUUAGUGUGGAGGAAGGUGGCGGGCGGGGACGUGCGGGACGUGGGGCCGCCUCCCGCCAUGCCCGGCGCGGAGCACGCUGGGAGCUGUAGUCCGGAGGCCGCAGGGCCCGGCUCUCUCCGUUCUCCCGCCGCCGUCCUUUGCCCGAGGAACGCGGCGGCUGCGCUCGGUCCCUAACCGGGCAUGCAGCGGCUGCUGCGGCGGCUUCUCCCCACGUUCUCCCCACCGCGGGCGGCGGCGGCCCGCGUCCUCCUCGCACGGCGGGUUGUGCCCGCGCCCCCCCGCCUCAUGGCGCUGCGGCCGGCGGCAGCGGCGGGAGGGGUCGGUAGCGGCGGGGAGACCUCCCGCGGAGUCGGCGCGAUCCCGGAGGACGAUGGGCUGGAAAAUGUACAGCAAAAGAAAAUCUCUGAAGAGAAUAAGAAAUGGACACAACAGAGAAAAGAGCCAUGUCCUGCUGAUUUGGUAGAAUCUCUGAUGGCAGAAAUGCCAUUUGUCGACACAGAUAUUGAAGAUGAAUUUGUUAUGCAUGCAACCUCUGAAAUAAAUAUGAAAAAGAAAAGAAAGAGGGUUACUGGAAAAGAAAUUGAAGAAGGCAGUGAGAGAAAGAAGAAAAAGAAAAAAACAUAUCAGCCGAAUUAUUUCAUUUCUCUUCCAAUUACUAAUCCAAAGAUUACUAGUGGCAUUCAGGCUGUCCAAGAUGCAAUAACGCAAAAGGAUCAAAGGCUUUCCAAAGCAAUGGUUCACACUGGCUCGUUGCACGUCACCAUGUUAGUGAUGCAUUUAUCCAAUGAAGAAGAAAUUAGCAUAGCAGUUGGUGCUCUUUCAGACAGCAAGGAUUUUGUGGAAGAUCUCCUGAAAGGAAAAACUGUGGAUUUGUCUUUUCAAGGAAUUGAUCACUUCAAAAAUCAAGUUGGAUUUGUGAAGUUGGCAGAAAAUGAUAAUACAACUACACUUACGGAAAUUGCAGAGACUAUAAAGAAGAAAUUUCAAGAAAAGGGCAUCUUGGCAGGAGAAGAAAGAGCUUUUAAACCACAUCUGACCUUCAUGAAGUUGUCAAAAUCAACACAGCUACGUAAGCAGGUGAAAAAAAUUGACUCAAGCCUGUAUGAAGAUUUUAAAAGCCAUUAUUUUGGAGAUGAAAUCCUGCACCGCCUAGAUCUUUGCUCCAUGUUGAAAAAAAAGCAACCAAAUGGUUACUACUACUGUGAGUCCUCUAUUGUUUUUGGAAAGAGCCAUGAAGCAGACUUAGUAAAGGAAGCUUUGCACAGAGAAACACACGCCCUGUUAUCUAGACUGACUCAGAUAAAGGAGCUGUUAUCCAGUUCUGAUAUCCGCAUGAAAAUUAGGAAAGAACUGUUUGAAGACAGUCACAACUCUCACAGUAAAUGGAAAAGUAUUGACUCUGGGUCUCCAAAUGCAUGACUGUAAAUUGCCAUGAUGUAAAAUGUCAUCGGGUUGUUUUUAAAGACAAAAAAUAUUUCUUCAAGAAAUCUUCCUUUCUGGUUAUUUUUUACUGAAAAUAUGAAUGGGUAUAAAUGGCUCAUGAGGAAUCAUGCUGAAAUACUUGCACGGGAGGAGUAUAUUUCAUAAUGAUGAAGUACAGCCACUCCUCAGCACUGCUUUGAAACAUGCUUGAAUGUGCAGAUAUAUGUCAUGACUCCAAAGUGGAAAAAUACUGGUUUCAAAUAAGUCUGAGCAAACACUGUGCCCUUCCUUUAUUACUGCAGAUAAUACUGUUUUUUCUCGUACAUCGUUUCCCUCACAAUGAUAUACAAAUAUUAAAAAAUGGAUGCUUUUAAAUACUGUAAAAUGUAUAUUUGAAAAAAACUCUUUAAUUACCUGCCUUUUGGAUAUGUACUGGGAUUUUGGGUUAGCACUGUCUUGUUUUUAUUUUUUUUUUUUAACAGCACUUGAAUACUCGUAUAGAUGCUGACAUGUUGUUUCUGCUGAUGUUUACACUAAUGCAAGAAUGUUUUAAAUUUCAGAAUGAGAUUCAGGCUCCACUGAUCUCAAUGGGAGACUUUCAUUGGCUUUAAUGGAGUCAGGAUGCUGCAAUUAAAAUUUCUUGUGAAAACAAUAUUCCUUGGGAUAAUAGUUACCUUUUUACUUUUGUAGAACAGUGUUUUUCGUCUGUUCUUUUUGAUGAUUUCUCCAUCUCUACCUUCUGCUGAGUGAGGUGGGGUGUCAGUUUGCUGUCAUUGUUCCCUCCACACACCUGCAAGAUUCACUGAAGCUUUGGAUGUACAACAAUGCAAGAGUAGGUCCAAUAUUUGCAUUUUUUAUAAACAUUGUUUAAAAUUGCCUCUGCUCAUAAAAGCUGUAUAAUAUAUGUUGUAACUGGUAUCAGAAUCAUGCUGUUAGAACAGCUGUGUGCAUAUUCUUCAUUGGUCUCAAGCACUGGUCAUUUCUCAUGCGUCAGAGAUUUUUUUCCCAUUUGAUAUAUAACAGUAUAUUCUGAAAUACAUCUCACACAUGCCAUGUUCACAAUAAAGUAUGUAUGUUUUUA